AUGAAAGCUUGGGUGGCUCUUCUGUUGUUACCAGUUUCGCUCGCCGGCCCACGAAUAGGUCCAUUAAGCAGAGAUCUGAACCUGGUGCCAGACGCGGCAAAACCCGCAAAGUCGACCGGCUUCGCCAAGGCGUCCAAGCUACUCCGAGUGGCACUAAAUGAAUCGGUGGAUCCGUGCGAGAACUUUUUCGAGUUCGCAUGCGGUGGCUGGGUUGCAGCCAACGAGAUCCCUGAUGAUCUCACCGCUUACUCGCAUUUCACCGAACUACGAGAGAAAGUGCAGGCACAGAUGAAAGACCUCUACGAAGCACCGACAAGGCACACGGCUAAAUCAAUCAAUACGCUGAAGAAAUUCUACACAGCUUGCAUGGAUGAAGAAACAAUUGAAGAGAAAGGAACAAAAGAACUCGUCGAUUCGAUUCGAUCACUCGGCUACUGGCCAAUGGUUCAUGGAUCACUAUGGGAACGCGAGGAUUUCGAUUUGACCACUUUACUUAUAAAUGUUGCUCAGACUCGAGGCAUCGAUGUCUUCGUGGACAUUUACGCGUCAACGGACACGAAAAACGUCUCAAGAAGGCUUUUGUCGUUCGAUCAAGGCGGUUUGGGAUUGGGUUCAGGAUCACGAUCCUACUAUAUGGACAUUAAAAAGUACGCUAAACAGGUGUCCGCUUAUUUGAAAUACAUGAAAUUGAAAGUGAAACUGAUCACUGAGGACGCGGGACUUGUGCCAAAUGAAGAGCAAAUUUCGAAAGAUAUCGAUGAAAUGUUUGAAUUCGAGCGCAAAUUCGCUAAGAUCACCGUCCCAGAGGAGGAUAGGCGAAAUUUCACGGAACUCUAUUUUCUCUCACGACUUUCUGAGCUCUCCAAGUAUAUGCCGAUUGUUGACUGGGAUCGUUAUUUUCUCUCGGUGAUGCCUUUCUCUACUCACAAUUAUUUGAAGGGAAAUCCUGAGAUAGUGAUUACUGAAGUCAACUAUUUGCGUCGUCUCACCGAACUUUUGAAAGAAACGGAUCCAAAAAUCAUCACCAAUUACAUCAUCUAUCGGUACACGUCGGCUUGGAGUAUGCAAAUUGGAAAGCGAUACGAGGAUAUCUAUCAAGAUUUCGUUCGUGAUCUCAUCGGAAAGAAAUCGAAAUCGCCAAGAUGGAAAGAUUGCUCAUCGGCUACGACAAACAGAAUGGCCUACGCUGCCGGCUCGUUGUAUGUUCGGAAUUUCUUCAACAAGGAGGCCAAGAAAACGACGAUGGAUAUGAUCGACGAUUUGCAAGAGGCUUUCUCGGCGAUGCUCGUUCAGAACGAUUGGAUGGAUCAGGGGACGAAAAAGGUGGCUCAAGAGAAAGCGUCAGCAAUGCUUCGUCUCAUCGGUUACCCAGAUUUCAUUUUGGAUGACGAGGAGCUCGACAAUUGGUUCAGAGAUCUCAACGUCGAGGACACGGAUACCUACUCGCAAAUGGUUGAGAAGAGCAUUCGAUGGGGAAUCAAUUUCGCCUACAAUCGCCUCUUGGAGCCGGUGAAACGCGACGAGUUCAGCACGAACGCGGCCGUUGUCAACGCUUUCUACUCGUCGAUUAAAAAUGCGAUCAUGUUCCCAGCCGGUAUCCUUCAAGCUCCAUUCUUUGAUGCUGAAUUUCCCAAAUCGUUAAACUAUGGAGGAAUCGGAGCCGUGAUUGGACAUGAGAUCACUCAUGGAUUCGAUGAUCAAGGAUCUCAAUUCGACAAGGACGGUAAUUUGAAGAAUUGGUGGGACGGGGCAACACGGGAGAAAUUCGAGGAACGAACACAGUGCAUCAUUGAUCAAUACGCAGCUCAAAUUGUGCCUGGGACGAGUGGUCUCCAUUUGAACGGAAAGCUCACCCAAGGAGAGAAUAUCGCCGACAAUGGAGGAGUCAAACAAGCGUACAAGGCCUACAAAAGAUAUCUGGAGAAGAAUGGGGCUGAGGCAACGAUCCCGGGGCUCGAAAAGUACACAAAUGAUCAAAUGUUCUUCAUUGGAUAUGCACAGACAUGGUGUAACAAGAUGACCCCAGAGGCAACAGUUCGGCUGAUUUUGACGGAUCCACACGCGCCGGGGAUGUUCCGAGUGAAUGUUGUCCUGCAGAAUCAGCCCGAGUUCUCGCAUGCUUUCAGCUGCCCUCCUGACGCCAAAAUGAAUCCACCAAAGCGGUGUGUGGUUUGG